AUGGCCGCAGAAGUACAGGCACUUUUGCGUUUCCUCACAAAAGAUGCUCGGCUUCCGUUGCAGGACGCCAUGUCCAAGAUCAGUGCUCUCCGUAAGCAGAGCCUGAGCACGCCUGAUCAGAUCGCUAAGGCCGAUCCUGCGGAUCUUAAGUCCAUUUUCACGGCUGAGAAAACGGAUUAUGUGAAACAAGUCAUCAAUGCUGCCAAACGUGUAUCCAACCCAAAGAAACGCUCGGCGGCACAAGCAUCAUCCUCGAUCUCCAAACGGCCCAAGUCAGAAUCAGAUGUGGUUGAUGAAGAAAGCCUUCUGGCUUUUCCCCAAACCGACCUGACCCAGGAUGAACUUGAGAAUGUCACUAUUGAGACCAAUCGAGCCCCCCUCUUUCUCGCCUUCACAAUCGCCGUCUUAGCCUAUACCCAGCCUGAACAGCCACUAUCAAGCCGAUGGAGCAUGGCCCAGGCAGUAGUGAGUACUGGUGCACAAAGCAAGGCCAAGUACCUGGGCUUGACAUCGGGUCCAACUGCCGAGGAGGACGGCUGGGCUAUGGGUCAGCCCAAAAUCAAGAUCAUGGGCCGUGAAGUGGCUGUUAUGCGAAGACAUGUCGUUAAGUCUGACGAGGACUCCCUCAGCCCCACAAGUGCGUACUGGGGCUUGGACCUUGAGGCUUUGCGUAGGUCAAAUGGCCCAUUGAUUGCACGUAAGGAUAAUAAACGACAAGAUGCCCCCCCGAUCCACACGCCAAUCGCUCCCCGGAAUUAUCUCUUGAAAUCUAUGAUCGAUGUUCAAGCCAACUCCGAGGAUAACGAUCCUGCGCCGAAAACCAAAGCAGAGUCUAAAAAGGAGAAACCAGCAGAAAUUGCUCGCAGAAAAGAGGAAGCCGCAGCGAAGAUGCUCAAGGCCAUCGAUAUCGUGUGUCAGAGCUGGGCAGAAUACUCAAGCAGAGAAGAGUUGGACUCUAAAGCUCAGACGUGGUAUAUCCGCGUUCGACCAGAUGUGGAUCAUGGCCAAGCAGGAUGGGGUCAACGUGGCCAGGUCAAGUUGAGAGACAUUUUACAACUCAAGAAAGGAUAA